GCAGUUACUCAAAGAUCCCCAAGUGUUAUUUGCAGGGUAUAAGGUGCCACAUCCUCUGGAGCAUAAGAUUAUCAUCCGUGUCCAAACGACUCCUGAUUACAGCCCCCAGGAAGCUUUCACUAAUGCCAUCACGGAUCUGAUCAGUGAGCUCUCUCUCUUGGAGGAGAGGUUCAGGGUUGCUAUUAAGGACAAGCAAGAAGGAAUUGAGUAA